AUGAUCGCCGAGUGCCGGGUCGGAGUUAAGUGGCCGUCGCCAGAUAUUCAAGAUUUUUCGGCGGAACUCUUCUGCCGAGUUACGGUAGGUCAAAAGGCGAAAGACCAAAAGAAGCGGCCCCGGGCAACAUUCCUGGUUCCUGACUCACGCCGGUGGUGGGUCGGCAGAUUACUCACGACGCAGGCGAAUGUACGGUGCAUCGGCCCGGCCGGAUCAAAUGCAAGGUCACCGUUGGUUCGUGUGGCGGUGGGAUCGGAAACGAGGGUAAAAGGCGGCGGUUGCGAUGACGAAGGAUGCGGUCCGGUCGAUCAGUCGGUGCUAAUCGGGGCGCGAGGCGAGGCGAGGCGAGGCAAGGCGAGGCACAGCCAUAAUGGGCGUAACGCACGGUCGCCUUCAGACGGUGCCUACGUCCCGUGGUUGACCUGCGGCCUCGUUCAGUAA